AUGCUACAUUUGCUCCCAACGGAAAUCGCUCUUGAAUCUCUUUCUUAUCUUCCUUUACAUUCCCUCUGCAUCGUUCCACAAGUAUCGCGGCAAUGGCACGACAUCUUCGCUGCCAAUGAAUCGUCUAUUUAUCACAAAGCCGCUGUUCUUCACCAUUUUGCACCGUCUGCAGUCACCUCUCUCUCUGAUUCGAUAAAGUCUUAUCCAGAACGAUCUCUUAUCGGCGUUAAAAAUUGGAAAGCAUUUUGCCAAAAGCGAUGGCAGGUCGAGAGGGCAUGGAUGGGUCGAGGACCGUCCACCUACAAAGAAAUAAAAGCUUCAGGGCAUGCCGUGCAUCGCAUAAAAGUGGACGAAAGACUGGCUCUUGUCAUCACUACAUUUCAACAUGGCGGCCUCUAUGUAACCGAUCUCAAAAGUAGUCAGGUUCUAUGGUCCUUAGGUCAGCUUCACGUGGUCCGCAAUGGCUUUCUUAUCUUCAACCGACAUGACAACUGCAAAGAAGUCUGGCGCCUCAGUAGUGAUUAUCCUCCCGAUCUCGAUCCUGGUGAUCUCCCCACGCCCUUCCCUCCCGAUGAUCAAAUGCUGCGAGCCUCGAACCAAGCUGCACAUAUGUUUUCAUCUCCUACCAAUCGGGGUCACUUCAAACCUUGGUCUCUUCUCCAGAUGCCCGAGAUGACACGUGCUUUCCGUUUUGUUUACCCCACCCUCCUUUCCACCGCAGUAAACAACGCAUAUAUGUGGGAUGUCCCGACAUCGAAACUUGUGCAGAGCAUAACCGGUAUUCAAGCAGUAACUCCCGACACUCAAUCACGCCCAUUGGGUCGCAUCAAUUAUGUGGAGGUGAAUGACCGUUAUGCUUUCAUCUGUGGAUCACAGCAGCUGCGGGUGUUCAGCAAGGAGGGUGGGGCUUUGGUGUUUUCACUCUCUCCGGAACAUCUGGUUCAGAGUCGACAAUGGCAUGUCUUGUGGCCUGGCGAUGCUCCUUCUCCCGUGCAAGAUAAUAUCUUAGCGCCUAAUCCAGUGUCCUUGGUUUACCCUUCAUAUUCAGGAGCUUCGGCUGGUCAGAAUCACUUUGGCGCACUCAUGGCUGUUCACGUAUCCUCUUCCGGAAGGGACCUUGUCGCAUUAUCUACGUAUGGCUUGUUAUUAAUUAUUCGCGAUUUCGAGCGUGUGGUUACCAAAGAAAUCGCGCUGGCGGAUGCUCUCACUCAGAUCAAUUUCAAUCCGCAGUCGAGGUAUCGGGACGAUUUUUCAAUAUAUCUUGCAUUUGAAUACGGGAAGAUUGGAUUGGCAACUCGACGAGGAAUUUUUGUACUUGCUUUAGAUUCAGACAUUCACACUGCAACCUCCGGCUCGGCAGCGCGCACGCCUACCACUAGUCUCCCGCUUUCUGUCUGUAGAGUUGUUAGCUUCGAUACUCCCAAACUAUUGCCUUUUAUCAGCUGCCUUCAAAUCACCGAUACUGGGCUCUACUUCAAUUGGGAACCGACUCCCACACCUAGUGCCAGGCCUGAGAAUAAUAAUGAAAAUCAGGCUCCAGUUGCUCUUCAAGUGGAUGUUUUUCACGACUGGAUGAAUGGGGGCGCUGGUGGUGGUAAUGGAGAAGCUGCUGUUGUAGCGACCACGUUCCCUGAGUUUGCUGGUCAUGCUCACCAGUUAGAUGAAAACGACGAAGGCGAAAAUGGAGAUGAAGGUGGAUUGGAUCAAAAUAUUCCCGCUUUGGAGCCCAUUUCUCCUGAUGCUGGAGAGUCUAGUUUACUGAUAGGAAGUGACUCUAUCCAAGCUGAGCAAGCCCCAAAAGUUGCUAGUGAUGUCCAAAGCGAGUCUCAGAGUGCUGGCUCCCCCGGUGGAGUAGACGAAGGGCACGACGUAGAUUUAAGCGGAGAAAUGCCAGCGCUGGCAUCAAUUGACGAUGAAAGUGAUUCAGAUGACGGGCCCCCAGAUUUGCAAUUAGUUAGCGAUUCCUCUGAUUCGGACGAAGGGCCUCAGGGAGCCGAGUAUGAUGGAAUUCUCCAAGAUUUUAGCGAUGAAGAAGAUGAAGAUGAAGAUGACGAAAUGGACGACAUGGAUGAAAUGGACGACAUUAUUGCGGGCGAGGCAGCCAUCGAGUUAUUUGCGCACGACUGCCUCGAACGAACACGUAGUUUCGCCGGCUUAGUUUUUUUUGUCGCGAUUCAUCGGAGAAACAGUGGUGCCAUCAUUCUCGUAAUUGUCCUCCCGCAUUGUCUGCGUAUAUCCUAGACAGUUGAAAAAAACCUAUGUGAUGUCGUUCGCGGUUAUCCAAUCGCAGCCCAAGGCUGUGUGGCCAAUUUUCGCUCCUGUAUUUAAUAAAGACCUUAUCAUGGAUCCCUUCGAUUCGUCUGAUGUCGAAAUCGCUAGACAUCUCCAAUCGGUCAACGUAUACGAAUAUUGCAUCCAAUUUGAAGAUGAGGUCGCAUAUAUUUGCAAAACAAAAUGGAGAAAGGUGAAGGUUCCGUACUUGCUUGCACGUUACAUCCCAUUUGCCAUGUUACUCGUGCGCUGCUACGGAGCACUUUAUCCUUAUUUCCAGCGAGAUCUGUGCUAUAUAUUCUACACGACAAAUACUGCGCUGGGAGCAUCAAUACUAUAUAUCGUCGGAAUGAUAUUUAUGUUACGGACGUACGCUCUAUGGGGACACAGUAAGAAAGUUAUGCGUAUUCUGGUAGGUAGCAGCUUCAGUACCGCUGUUGGCAUUAUCGUUGUAGUUACGAAGUACCAGACUACUCUCGCCUUUUGUUAUCAAGUUACUCAAGGUAACGUAGCUUCUGUGAUAUAUGCACUUGUGCUGGUCAAAGAGCUAGGUUGGGUUGAAGUUCAAAUUAACUAUUAUUUUUUAACGUGUACCGUGCUUACAAACACCAUCGAACCUCAGGAACACAAUGUCUUUUAUCUCAUCUGUGCCUCAGCCUUCUCCGUCGCUAAUAUGUUGAUGAAUGUACUAUUUAAGGGUCCGUAUACCGAUAUCUUUCCAGAUAUACAAGCAGUGGUGCAUGCGGUGCUCGCGACGAGGAUGCAAAUCGCUUUGUGGAAAAGCGACCAAGAGUCUCUCUCAGUUGCACAGUCGAGCCUAGGUGAACUAGAGUUCGCCCGUCCAGCUUUGCAGAGUGCUGCAAGUUCAGUCCGGACUUUGGACAAUGUUGACGUCGCAAAAGAUUGGCAGUAA